UUUUAUCCCUUCCAAAAUUUCGCUGUGCUAAAACCCUAAACUAAACCCAUUUAUCACCGAAAGAACAGAGCGUAACAGAGACCAAACCAUGCCAAACGCGAGCGACGCCGGCGUCGAAGCCCUACGGCGGCUAAAAGCGACGGAACCACCGUCAUGGCUCGUGCCGAACCCGUCGCUGUCGGAAGCUGCUCGCACUGCGUCCCAGUACUUGUUCUCUUCCCUCAAACCAUUUUCCCCUAAAUCGCCAUUGGACCAACUCCUCGUCGACGGCUUCGACGCCGAACAGAUAUGGCAACAAAUCGACCUCCAAUCGCAGCCUCUUCUAUCCACCCUUCGCCGCCGCUUGAAGCAGCUCGUUGAGAAUCCCGAAGAGAUUUCUCAACUGAAGGUUCCUUCGGAGGGUGGGAACAAGAAGGAGGAAGAGAAUCGAGACGAGUGGGAAGAAGAGAGUGACGGUUUUGACGAGGAACUGGACGAGGAUGAUGAUGAUGAGGAAGAAAAUGAGGACGAAGGAAAGGAAGUAGAAGGAGAAGCGAUGGAGGAGGAUGAAGAGAGUGAGGAGGAGAAUGAAGAGAGCGAGGAGGGGAAUGAGGAAGGUGGUGGCAUUGAGGAUAAAUUCUUGAAAAUUGAUGAAUUGGCUAAGUACCUAGAGAAGGAGGAAGAGAAUAUGGAGAAUGAUGAGGCAGACGAGGAAGACGAGGAUGAAGAUGACGACGAGGAAAGUGAUGAGGAUGGUGAUUUUGGAUUUGGUGACGAGGAUGAAGAAGCAGAUGGCAUGGAAAACGCAAGGUAUGAAGACUUCUUUGGAGGUAAAAAGGAAAGGAGCUCAAAAAGAAAAGCUCAGGUACUUCAGGAAUCUGAAUAUUCUGAUGACGAAGAUGACAUGGAAUUUGAGAAGCAGAAGAAAGGGACUGCAUCUGCCCAUGAAAAGGAACUGGAAAAAAUUCAAUCCAAGAUAGAGCAAAUGGAGAAAGCUAACAUAGAGCCCAAAACUUGGACUAUGCAGGGUGAGGUAACUGCUGCAAAAAGACCCAAGAAUAGUGCAUUGGAAGUUGAUCUAGACUUUGAGCACAAUGUAAGGCCUGCCCCUGUAAUCACUGAGGAAGUUACAGCUUCAAUUGAGGAUAUGAUCAAGAAAAGGAUUAUUGAGGGGCAUUUUAAUGAUGUUCAAAGGCUUCCAAAAUUACCAUCUAAAGCGCCUUGGGAAGUUCAAGAGUUGGAUGACAAUAAAAGCAAGCAGGGUCUUGCAGAUAUUUACGAGCAAGAAUAUGUUCAGAAGACAGACCCCACUUCUGCUCCAUUGUCAUUCAAAGAUGAACAGAAGAAUGAGGCAAGCAUGCUGUUUAAGAGACUCUGUCUGAAGCUGGAUGCCCUUUCUCAUUUUAACUUUGCUCCAAAACCUGUUAUAGAGGACAUGUCUAUUCAAUCUAAUGUGCCUGCUCUGGCAAUGGAAGAAAUUGCACCUGUGGCUGUUUCAGAUGCUGCUAUGUUGGCUCCUGAGGAGGUAUUUGAUGGCAAGGGUGAUGUUAAGGAAGAAGCAGAGCUUACAAAGGCAGAAAGGAAAAGAAGGAGAGCUAAUAAGAAAAGGAAAUUUAAAGCCGAGGCAGUAAAAAGGACAAAUAAGAAGGCACAAGAAGAUGCAAUUCGUAGCCAAGACAACCAAAUUACUGGGUAAAUAACAGUGCAAUAUUUUGUGAUUGUUUACGGAAAGCUGCACAACUAACAACGAUAAGUUCAAGGGGGAGCCCGUGGGAAAACACAAGUAAAAUAGAUAAGAGGAUAUUUUUUGGAGUCAACCAUGAUAUAUGAGCGAUGCAAUUCUACAUGUGGCAGUGGCAGAUGAGAGUAAAUGCUCUUUAUAGUUGGCUAUUUUCUUUGUUCCUUGAAUUCUUGGAUAAUAUCAAAGCAUUCAUAGGAGGUUCACUGUUUUUUAGCCUUUUCUGCUACUUGCUACAAGUUUUGUAGCUGGGGUAUUUUAUUUUGUGCUAUAUUUUGUAUUCUUUAAUUUUAUUCACAGUUGAUAUGUUGUAUUGGUCUGCACCUUGCGAAUGACAAAUAGUUGAACCUUCAAAUCUCCAAAGUCCAAACCAAUGAGACAUUAAGAAAGUAGUUGGCAGAUUUUGCUUU